GCGAGUACAUAGAUUCUCUUGAUCUUUAAGUUUUCGGUCGUUCUCAUCACUCCAGGAACAUUGAUAUGAAUUGAACUCGGAUUUAUCCUUUCUCUUACAUUCUACUGUGCACAUUGAUCAUUUUUCAUGCAUUAUGGAACCAUCCAACUUUAUUCCCGAUGAAACGCCACCAGCUGUUCUUGAUACAGAUUCAGGCAAUGCCAGCUCUGAAGGCCAUGAUGAGAUGAUCUCUGUACAAAAAAAUCAAGAUAUCGGUGACAAAACUCCUGCCUAUGUGCAGAACGGGAUGUCAGACUUCGUACCCCGUGAACAACAUCAGCAGGUUCUUGAAAAGCUUCAGGCGUUUGAGCAGAAACUUGCGUUCAUGGAUGGCUUUAUGCAGCGCAUAAGUCAAGAGAAACAAUCCAGUCUGAGCUAUGACAUCAAAGAUAUUGAUGAAAGUUCAGACUCAGAACAGGAAUAUCGAAAUCUCCUUCUAGAAGACAUCCAUAGAAUUACGAGGAGGAAAAUAAUGCGCCGGAAACGUGAAAGGGAGCGAAAGGCCGCGGAAAUCCCAGUCAGAAGUGAUGAGGAAACAGUUCAGCUCAAAAAUGGCUCAACUUCAGACGUUGAAACGGAAGAGAAACUGUUAAUUUCUCAACUCGUUAUGAAGGGUGAAGCAUUAACCCCGAAGUAUAUGGACUGGAAAUCUUUUAGUGCUUUACGUAAAGGCCAAGAUUCCAUAUUGCAUCCAAUCCAAGUCUUGGUUGGAGAACCGGAAGUAGGCAUUGGAUUCAAGAAAUAUGUGGUCUUGCCAAAUGAAUCGGAUGUGACAAUGAAGCAAUCCCAAGAAACGAAGGCAAUUGCCAGGAAAGACAAUCUUGGGGUACAAGAUCCUCUUCCUGAAAGGAUCAAGAUUGUUUCUAAGUCUCUUUUUGAUGAUUUGUCCGUUAUAUCCGACAGUUUUGCCUCCAUGGAUUACACUGAUGUUGGAAUCACUAUCCUGCGACCAUACAAGAUUCUUCUCUAUUGCGAAACGAAAAUACGAGAUAGGUUGGCGAAGCUAGAAGAGAAUCAGUCAAGCAAAAAGGAUGAAAGGAAAACAUGUUCACCCCAAAAUGAUGAUGAAACGAUAUCAGCGAGUCAGACAGACAUUCUUCAGCCUGAGAAUACUCAACCGACUAGCAAGCAAGAUGACCAUAUCCCUGGAGAAGGUGAAGGUGUUGACAACAAUGAUAUUAGGGAGGCACUGCAGCUGCGCUGCGUCCUUAAUUUUAUAGAUACCAAGAUACAACCGAAAUUGAAUCUCCUAAAUGGAAACACUUUCCAGGAUAUAUCAUUCAAUGAUCUUUGGCAUCUUUACAAACCAGGCGAUGAAGUCAUUGAUCAAGCCGAGCGACAGGCGUUCCGAGUUAUCCGAGUUGAGACUCCUGUUCACGAUUCCACUCCUUCAUGGGCAAGAAGAUUCUACAAAAAUUCUGAUGAAGAGUCUUCAGAAAAGCCUUUCCAAAUAUAUUGCGUUUACAUUGAUUUUGAUGGGAAGUUUUUGGGCCCAGUAUCCGUCGAAUUUUCUAUCUCGCGGUACGAUGGCGAAAAGCCAAUUAGAUCUCUACCGAUAUUCCCCUUUCGAUUCGCUCGCCAAAAGAUCGAUCGAGAUCAACUCAUUGAGCGUGGUAGGAUGCUUUUGGACAUAACGACCGUUAAAUCUAUGUAUUACAUGGGUAUGACUGUAGAUACCAAAGAUGAGGUGGAUAGCCAGGUGGUAAUCGACUUCAAUGAGGCACUGGCUGAAGAACACCGCAAACACUGGGCUCCGGAUAUUCAACUAGUGACAACAACUGUCGAUAAAAGUACGUCAACACGGGAACAAAACUGUCAAGCCUUGUGUUGUAGGAACCAAUCCGUAUAUGAAGAUGCUCAAGUCGACAGGUACCGUGCAGAAGAUUUUGUUCAAAGCUUACUUCCAGAAACUUCAUCUCAGCACCCAUCUUUGAUGAUAUACCCUCGAACAUUGCAGGAAGUGAUAAGUGGUGGUAAUGAACCAUCCAAAGAUGAACUUGCUAUUAUGACCUUCAGAGUUUUCGGGUUUGUUUUGAGAACCCGGAAGUGGGCCAAACUUGACCUCAAAUAUCUACGUUACGAGAAUGAAGCAAACAACAAAACGGUGCAAACAGCUUUCGAACGUCUCGUCCUUCCCGAAGGUCACAAGGACGUAGUACAGGCAUUGGUUACCCAGCAUUUUCGCGACAAGAAGACAUCCUCUGUUCGAGAUGAGCAAUACGAUCUUGUUCGAGGAAAAGGGAAGGGCCUUAUUAUACUCCUUCAUGGUGCCCCAGGGGUCGGAAAGACUACGACGGCUGAGGGUGUAGCGGAAUCAUUCAAGAGACCUCUAUUUCAAAUUACUUGUGGAGAUCUAGGUACCACCGCACAUGAAGUGGAGAAGGAAUUGGAGAGAAAUUUUGCCCUUGCAAGUCGGUGGGGUUGUGUUCUUUUACUGGAUGAAGCAGAUGUUUUCCUUGCUCAGCGAGAGCGCAAAGACUUCAUACGGAAUGGCUUAGUAGCGGUGUUUCUAAGAGUACUAGAGUACUAUGCGGGUAUACUUUUUCUCACUACGAAUCGAGUUGGCGACUUUGAUGAGGCGUUCGCUUCCAGAAUCCAUAUGAGUUUAUACUACCCGGAGCUCAAUCGAGAGCAGACGGAGAAAGUCUUCAAGCUCAACCUUGAGCUCAUCGAAAGCCGUUUCAAGGCUCAAAAUCGAGAAUUGGAAUUCGACGAUUCCGCUGUUCUAAGCUUCGCAAAACAACAUUACGACGAACACAAACAUGCGCGAUGGAAUGGACGACAAAUUCGCAAUGCCUCACAAACAGCUCUAGCCCUUGCUGAAUUCGAUGCUCUCAACAAAUCUCUUGCCGUGGAAAUUGACAAUAGUACAAAGGUGCAUUUGAAACAGGGUCACUUUACAACAGUUCAGAAAGCAUAUCUAGCCUUUGCAAAAUAUCUCGGGGAAGUCUUCGGUACGGAGGGUGACAAGAGAGCCGAGGAAAACCAACUUCGCGCUCGAGAAGAAUUGAAUCGAUCUUCCAAAGGUCACCAAAAGGAAAACUCGGAGUCAAAAUAUCGCGACACCGAAUUCCAACCCACAAAUCAACACACCAAUGUCAUGUACCAAGGCAACGGAUAUCUUCCUCCCCGGGGUCCCUCACCCUACCAACAAAUGGGCCACGGGCCCGCCCGAGGCGGAUCAUUCGGCGGAGCACAACAAGAGACAUAUAGUUACAAUCAACCAACCAGAUUGGCACCGUCUAAUACCCCCUACAAUCAACCUAGUAUAGUUCACGAAUCUCAUGGAGGACAACAACAUCCAAAUCAAUAUUCGCAGCAAGGAUGGCAGCAAACAGCCCCUCAAACAACUCCCGGUCAGAUCAACGCUAUUCCUCGUCAGAUGCCGAUACCCGUUACUCAAUCACAGCAGGCUAUGUACAAUCAGUCUUACCCUCAAGCACAGGAUGGAGCACAUGCUCAAAUAUCAUCUCGGGGAUCCGAAUAUAGCGAGUUCCAAGAACGUUAAGAAUAUGUUUCAAUUUUCCUGAUAUUUCGAAUUUUGGUUUGCGUCAAAUGCGAUUACGGAAUGGGAUUUAGUGUCAUGAUAACAUCAACUAGGUAACAAUGAAACUGUGAUUUUUUUA